CGAUUUUGAAAGCAAAGCCAAAACUUGGCAAAAGAAGUCCAAAGACAACUCCUGGAGUCAUAUCCAGGCAUAGGACGUCAGAAAGAGCCUUGACUGUUUUGUUGUCCAGAACAAGAUCAGCCUCCGCGUGGCAAAAUGGCGAGAUAGCUCUGCUAGAUGCUGAUAGCUCUGCUAGAUGCUGUCUGAGCCACACGCAACGUGAUUUCCACGUGGGGACUUUCGACGAAGAGAAACUUCAAAGGUACCGGCAUUGUUAUGGUCACACACAGGAAGAAUAAUGUAGUACUGGCAUUCAGUUGAAGCUAAGUAAUUAGUUACUGCAGCACCACACGUGGAUAUCCAUUGCUACCGUAGUGUCCUGUCCAGUCAUCUGGUUUAGGGGAGUCGAUAUAAGGACAACAAACAACGCAACUCGCUGAUGGCCACGGGAAGAGAAAGCCUCGCAAGUGCAACCUCUAUCUUGCACUUUGCUCCGCAUCCUGAUGACGUAAGACCAGAAUGCCCUACAUGCAAAGGUCGUGGAACGGUGGACGCAGGCGACCGUUCUUCAUCUAUUGCGUUGAUAUCGCUGAGGGACAAGCGCCUCAAGCCCAAACGAACGAAGCUCCGAGUGGGUGUAUCAGUUGCCAUAUGUUUUGCAAUCAUCUCCGUGCUGGUGUUUCUGCUCUUUGAGCGCACAUCGCUGGUGGAGUUGAACCGUGCCGAGGCAGAGUAUGAAUUUGAUGACAAUUCCACUAUACUAUCAAGUGUCUCGUUUGACAUUGACCUGAAGAUAUACAACAAGAAUUACAUCUCAGCCAAGUAUCACGAUAUAUUUGUACAGAUGUCACAUUACAUGCCACUGGCCAAUUGCUCUGUGAACAAUCCUGUUGUAGUACCAGGUCGAUCGCAAGAAACGGUCAAUUGUCACUUGGUUAUCCCGAUUGCAAACACCUCUCAUCCCUAUCUAGAGUAUGUUUGUCAGACGGCUGCUGAUCACCAAUACAGUCUAAUAUUUGAAACAUCUGUACAGUGGCAGUACUUGUCCUUCUCGGCUGGUACAAUCACAGACACGGACUGGAGAUGCUUUAUAUGUGGCGCUCCUCACAGCGGCAGUAAGCAGAAUUGUACUCACUGAUCUGCAGGCGCUGCCAUAUCCUACCACAAUCGUACAAGCAGCAGCAGCAGCAACGAGAGUGGACUCUUUUGGGCUUCACGUCCUGGAUGGUAGCCUAACUGGCACAGUGCGGUGCCUGCACAUGUUCCGUUAGUCUCAUGAUGUGGAUUGUCCUUGCUACUCAGUACCCAGUAGUCACGGUUAUCACCAUCUACAGCCUGGUACAGAGUGAACUGCAGGUCAGGUGACUGCAGCUGAUAGGAUCGAGUGACUGGUUGAUCAUUGGUUAUUUAACGUGGCGUGUGGACGCACGGGAAAGUCCCGUGUUCUGGAAACAAAAGGUGUGUGUAUCCUGCUAUGAACUUGUUGUGCCCCACUGGGCCAUACAUGUAUACUGAGAGAGGUGCCCCAUUCGGACAUACAAUGUAUCCUGAGAGAGGUGUGCCCCACUGGGACAUAUGUGUACUUGAGUACACUGGUAGAGGUGCCCUACUGGACCAUACAUUAAUACUGAUAGAACUGUGCUUUGCUGGACCAUACAUGUACUGAGAGAGGUGUGCCCCACUGGGACAUACGUGUAUACUGAAAGAGCUGUGCUUCACUGGGACAUACAUGUAUGCUGAAAGAGCUGUGCUCCUGGUCAACACAGUUGUGUUGGUGUAUAUCACCGUGCGAGACCGAUGCUCUUGUAGGCAUCCCUGCUCGUCCCAAUCUGUACCUCUUGCAACAUUCCCCGUACUUUACUCCCUGUGCUAGCAGUGUUUUUCUUUUGCCACGUUAGCACUUCUCUUCAUUUCGCUGGCGUGCUGGUCACGCUGGGUCUCGGUUAGCCAGUGCUGUGUACUGCUUGCUACAUGAUGUAGGCUGCAGGUUGCAUCAUAAGAUAUUGUGUUACUGUACUACAAACACACAUAUAUUAUAUGUGUGUUUGUGUGUGUGUGUGUGUGUCCAUUCUUAGCUUUCCUUACCAGUAUGUGGUGAGUGACAUACAUGUACAUACUAGUCAGGACAUGCUUUUUUGCUUUUUGUUGUUGUUGUUGUUGCUGCUGCGUGUCUACAAGUAUGUAGUCUACCUGACACGCGUAGAUCUACCACUGACUACCGGUAUGGCGGCAGUUUUACUAUGCACCGACCGUGCAUAGCGCAUGCACUCUUGACCUACCCGAUCCGCGCUUGCAUAGAAGCCAGGCUUCUACGCGCGACAGGCUUAUAUGCAUUUGACCCGUUUGAUUUGAUGUGCUUGUAUGCAAACCCGGCUUUUAUCUGCGACUUUACGGUACCUGUAUACCUUGUAUCUUACAAUACAACAUGUAUCAUGUAUCAUAAUAGUCUGUGCGUGCUGUUGACCAGCAUAGAAAGAGCAAUGCAGUGUUGUCUCUGAGAAACCAGGUGUGUCAUGAGCGGCUAGCAGUUGUCAGCGUGCAUACAGUCGACUCCUGGUAUUACAACCAACACCAUUGUGCAGGAGAAUUAGUUCUUUAGAGCCGAAGUUUGUUAUAACAGAAAUUGGAAAGGCUUUCUGUCUAAAGCCUUUCCAUACUGGUGCUCGAUGUUUUCAGUUUGGGGACACCAAAAUUAGUGUACCGCUAAAGACACGUGGUCGACACUUUGUUGACACGUUGUUGACACUUUGUUGACACGUGACCCAAUUACCGGCCUACCAAGUGCCUUUGGCGACCGCUAACAGCAACUGUGGAACAGUGCAGUGCCCUUUUUUGGAGCAACGUACGAGUAGUGCCCAUGGAUUAUGACCCCGCGACCCCAAUCUACGUGGCGGUCCGCAAUUCGCUACUUCAUACUGACUGGCGUCCGGCAUCGUCCCGAAUUUGGCCACAAUCUGCUCUCGGGACCCCUAUAGGGCUCCCUGACCUGCUCCAUCUCCGCCAUCGUCAAUGUACUGCGCAUCCACCCAGGCCAGGACUGCACUUACUUACGAGAAGGAGUAUUUGCAAGAUGGAACCUGGGAACUGGAAGACGACGAAGAGGAAGCGUGGGAAUCCGGCGGCAAUGGCUGGGAUGUAAGUCCAACAUUGCUGGUGCCAGAGUUGCCACUGCUUGCUUAUAAGGGAAUCAUGUGUGUUGCCUUUUUGCCUUUUCCGACGUCCUCCUCCGACUGUACUCCCGAUCCCAGGACUGAACUUACGGGAAGGAGUGCUUCCAAGAUGGGAGACGAAGAAGAAGAAGCCGCUGAAUCCGGCGGCAAUGGCUGGGAUGCUGCGUUCUCGAGAGGAAGCGUUAUUUCUGCAUUCCAAGAAGGACGGCACAAUGUGUCGGACUGUCCGCGUCGCAUUGAACUGGUCCGAUGAGGCUGCUAUUGCACACACAGUGUGGGCACUCCCAUACGGGAACUCGGAAGUACUGCUACAGUACAGGUAUAUCACCCCGUGACGACCACAUCGAAGUCUGAAAUUGAAGUGUGAAGAUGCUUCAGCAACCCCUUCAUAUUUUUCCAUUGCUUUUAUUGUGCUUCUACUGUGCAUGUGUGUAACUUGUGGGGUAUGCAUGUGAUGACAAUGUAUGCCGGUGACACAGUCAGAUUUUGUCAAUGCGUGUAACGUACACCUGCAUGCUAUCGUUGAAAAGGAUCUGCCACUUACGAUCUUCGGACGAGUAUCAGGUCAGCUUGGUUUUGUGUGUGCUGUACCAGAUGCUGUUCACUUCUCUAUCUGUUGGAUAUGUGACUUUCUGCAAGUUUCUGGUGUAUGGUGGCCACUUCUUUGCUUGUCUUUAAAUGACAUUACCAUAAUUCUGUAUUCACUGCUUCCAUGGUGUGGUCUGCAAACUGCAAUCCUUAGGCAAAUAUCAUCACGGUUUGCAAUGUUGUGCUUUGGCCGCCAGCUUACCUACACAUUGUAGUUGAAUUAUUUUUGUUUCACAACUGACUUCCUGAAGUAUGGUGGCCACUGCUUUCCAUGGCAUUAUACAAUGUUCAUCAAGAA